AGGAUUCGGGGAUAUCUGCAUGUCUGAUGGACAAUAUAUAUAUGUGUAUAUAUAUAUACACACAUAUAUUAUUGUUAUUUCUAAAAAAGAAACUAGGCUUCGACAAAUACCACACAUGCGCUCGCCUCACUGGCAUGUUGCUGCCAGGACAUAGGCUGAAGCGAAGCGGGUCACAAGUUCGCUUUAUUAAACGCCAACAACAACAACAACAACAAAAAAUCAUUUCGGUGGUUGACAGUCAGCGCUAGCAUUAGCUAGCUUGCUAACGUCCAGAACACUGCGGGCUGCGCGAGGCAUGAAGCGGACCGGGAGGAGACGGAGCUCCGUGUGGGACUGCUUCGAGCAAGUGGGCAACUUCGUCCGCUGCACGAAAUGCGACGCGACGCUCAAGUACUGCGGCGGCGCCACCAGCUCCAUGAUGAACCACAUGGGCAGGUACCAUCCGUCCGCGGCGCCGCUGGACGAGGACGAGAAGCCGGCGACGUGCACCGCGCAGUGCGGCGAGGAGGACUCGGACCUCGUGCAGGUCGCCGUCAUGUCCCCGAGCGCGAGCGCGGCGGCGGCGGCGGCGGCGGCCGGCCUGCACGAGCGCGACUACGGGGAGAGGAAGCGCCUGAAGCGGAGCUCCGUGUGGGACAUUUUCAUCAAAGUGGACGACGAGGUGCACUGCACGCUGUGCGACACCCGACUGAAGUACAGGAGCAGCACCACCAGCAUGAUGUACCACAUCAAAAACAAGCACCCGGACACGAUGCCCCACGACGGCGUGUCACUGGCGACGCACGCGGAGGUGACCGAGCUCAUCUCCAGGAUGGUCGAGAAGGACCUGCUUCCCAUCGGCGUGGUGAGCGGCGAUGGGUUCCGCGAGCUGCUCGCCUACACCGUCCCCAAUUACAAAAUGCCCGUGGCCGGCGACAUCGCUCGCCUCAUCGAAGGCCACUUCCACGAGAAGGUGGAGGAGCUCGUAUUGCAGCUGGGCAGAGUGGAGAAAGUGGCUCUCACCGCCGAGUUCUGGGCAGCCCAGCCGCUCCAGAGGUACGUCACAGUCUCCUGCUCGUUCAUCACGGACGACUGGCAGGGGAGGUCGGCUGUGCUGCAGACGCACAAGCUGCCGUCGGACAGCCGCCCCGCCGCGGACGACGUCGCGGAGAGGCUCCUCAGCACGGUGAAGACGUGGGGAAUCGCCGGGAAGGUGACUGCGUGCGUCCAUAACAACUCGCGGGACAACUCGCCGGCCCGCGAGCGCGCCCGUGUCGCCUGGGACCGUGCCACUUGCUUUGCAACCACCCUGCAGCAGGCGGUCAGUGACGGCCUGAGCGUGGACUUACUCCACAUCAUUGCCGCGGCCGGGAAACUGGCCAAGCACUUCGGUCACAACGUGCUGGCGAGUGAGGCCCUGCGGCAGAAGCAGGUGCAGAUGUGCCUGCCGCAGCACGAGCUCGUCCAGUCGAGCAAAGCGAGGUGGGACACAGUCUGCGAUAUGUUCGAACGGCUGCUCGAGCAAAGGUGGGCUAUUAAAGCCGUGCUCUCCGACCGCACAACCACCAACAGACAGGAGGCGCACGGCCUUGAGAUCGAAGACGACUGCUGGCAAAUAAUUGAGAAUUUCACACCGGUGUUGGCAACGCUGAAAUGGGCCACGACCGUCAUAUCAGCUGAAACAGAGGUGUCCAUUUCAAACAUCUACCCAAUCACGUUCAGCCUCAUUCAGACUCACCUCGUGCCAAAGGAGAACGAUGUUGAACAAGUCUCCGAGUUCAAGCGGAAAGUUCAGACGUCACUAAGAAGUCACAUGGAGGUCGACUCGAAGGACCUCGCCUCCAAACCAGCUCUGGUUGCCUCAAUGCUGGACCCGCGUCACAAACAUCUCAGCUUCCUGACACCGACAGGGAGAUUGGCUGCAAAGGUUAAACUGCACGACCUGGUUUCAAAGCUGGACGUGAUCACCACUACUGUGGGCACAAAGGACGAACAGCAGGAGACCCCGGUCACGCCCAAUGUCAGCCAGGUGGCCGUGCCCUCACAAAUGAGAAGCGACACCAAAAACACCAUGAUGUUGCUCCUCGGGGACAACUACAGCUCCUCCUACGCCACAGACUCUGAGGCUCAGGUGGAUUACUACCUGAGAGACAUUGCCCCCUCAUUGGACAUAAACCCUCUUGACUGGUGGAGGGUGAAUGGACCGAGGUUCCCCAAACUGGCCACUCUGGCGAGACACUAUUUGUGCAUACCUGGGGUGUCGCUGCCGUCUCUAUUGUCCGAGGCCGGACAAGCAUUUGCAACAAUGCGUACAAGACUGAGCCCAGAGCAUGUUGACAUGAUGAUCUUUGUAAACAGAAACGUGUAACAUCGAUAACCCUUCAAGAGACUUAAACUGGCUUCCUAUACAAUAAUAGAAUGGGGACAUGGCUGGGCUAUAACUACAACAACUAAUUUCCCCACUGCUGAUAUGUUGUAUCUGCUGGUGCAAACGACGAUACAAGCAACAAAAAGUGAGAAAAUUCCUCUCGCAGUAGUUGCUGUCAGCUGAGAUGCAGUCAAUUACUUAAGUACACUAAGCCAGUGAUAAAAGGAUGUCAGCAAUAUUUGGGUAAACAAGUGGCGCAGGCAAACCCAAGCCUCUAGCGGGGGGCUGCUAACAGUGUAGCAAAUACCCCGGCUGUUCUUAUGCUUCAUUUACCUUAACACACUUGUUGUGUUUUGUACAAUGUAGUUACAAACAUAUUCUGAGUAGAUGUCUUUAGAAUCAACAAAUCAUCCUGUCAUCUUCAAAAACCAUGGGAAAAAUAACAGAAAAAUCUGUCACACGAUAGUAAACUGAAUAGUUGUAUUAUUAAUACAGAUAGAAAACCAUAACCAGUAUUAACGUGAUUGCUGUUGUGUCUCUCAGUAUGCCGUGCCAAGAUAAAGUACAUACAGCCUCA